AUUGAACAGAUAAUACCAAACUGUUUAAAACCGUUUAUCAUUAUUUUUGUAAUAUUAAUAAUUCUACGUGGAAACAAAACAAAAUAUAUAACAUUUCUGUAGAUGUGUUGCACAACUUUGACAAGUGAGGCACUUGCGAACCUCGUGCACCGGAAAGUGGAGGAGGAGAAGGGGAGGAGGAAUUCAUCCGAGCGACGAAGAGCAAGUGGAGCAACGUCCGCCGCGAAACGCAGCGUCACAGUCCGAUUCGCGAUCGUAUCGAGCAUGGAUCAUCUGGUGGACGAUUCCGAGUCGCUUUUUACCAACAAUCUCCUGUCGACUGGGCCGAGCUCCUUGGGUACGCGUGACAAUGGAAACAAUGACGCUCGAAGAGGUGCUGGCAUCUUCGGGACAAUCUUUUUGAUCGUCAACACCACGCUGGGGGCUGGAUUGUUGAACUUCCCGCAGGCCUUCGACAAGGCCGGUGGGGUGGGAACCUCCGUCGUGGCCCAGCUUGGCUUUCUCGUUUUGAUCACAGCUGCCCUGGUGAUAUUGGCCAGCUGUAGCAACAGCACGGGCACCGACACCAUGCAGGACACAUUCGCCGGACUGUGCGGCUCCAAAUCGCUCGCCUUCUGCGGAAUUUGCGUGGCCAUUUACAGCUUCGGCUGCUGCUUGACAUUCCUCAUAAUCGUCGGCGACCAGUUCGACAGGGUGUUUGCUACGUACUAUGGUCUCGACUACUGUCACACGUGGUAUUUAUCCAGACCGUUUGUGACGGCUGUGUCCUGCAGUAUAUUUAUACUGCCUCUGUGCUUCUUUAAAAGACUGGACGUUCUGAGUUACGCGAGCUCCGUCGGUUGCGUUACCAUCGUAUACGUCGUGUGGCUCAUCGUUUACAAGAGCUUCACCGUGCAGGACGGUACUGUGCCGCCUAUAAAAAUCUGGCCGAACAAUGGAUACGAGGUUCUGCAGAUAAUACCCAUCAUUUGUUUCGCUUACCAGUGUCACAUGACGGCGAUACCGACUUAUGCCUGUAUGAAGGAACGUAAUCUGUGCAAGUUCACUCUAUGCGCCGUCAUCAGCAUGCUGAUCUGCUACGGCACGUACAGCGUAAUCGGUUAUUUCGGAUACGCCACGUUCGGCAGCGGCAAAGUCCCGAGUGAUAUCCUGCAAGGCUACACCGAUAAGAGCGCCAUGGUGACAGUGGCGAUAAUCGCAAUCGCGGUCAAGAAUUUCACCACUUAUCCCAUUGUGCUGUACUGCGGCCGGGACGCGCUUCUCGGCAUCUUCGACGUGAGCCUCGACCGAAUUGGCGUCCGCGUGAUCGUUACGUUAAUCUGGUUCGCCUUGUCGCUGAUCAUUGCCAUUCUGGUGCCGGAUAUCUCACCGGUCAUCAACUUGAUGGGCUCGCUGUCCGCAAUGUUCAUUUUUAUGCUGCCAGGCAUCUGCCUCAUGCAGAGCGUGUUCCUUAGCGACCCGGAGCUAUACUUUAAUAAGAACCGCCUGUUGGUCGUCUUCGCGAUCUUCCUGACCGCGCUCGGAGCCUUCGUGUGCGGCGUUGUGUUUAUGGAGGCUCUUCAGGAUCUACAGAAGACGCCGGUCAAACCGCCGUUGGUCACCGGCUUCAGACAGUUCAGAGAGAGUCUGUGCGUAUGAUAACAGCAGUCACUCGAGAUAGACGUUAGACAUUGCGUGAUUUCGGAGAUUUUUUUUAUCACUGACAAUGGCUUAUUGAUGGUGUGCCAUGCUGUAGAGAGCAGCUCAUUUGCUUAAUUCGAACGAGACUGGGAAAGCUGGUUUGCAAAUCGGCCAUGAUUUACCUUUACUUUUCGUUAACGUCACGUAAAGGUGGAAAGACAUAGUUAAAGCAUAAGAAAAAGACUGAUAUAUGUGUGUAUAUAUAUAUAUAUAUAUAUAUAUACAAUUUUAAUUAGUAAGUUUUACCGAUUAACUCAUUUGCGCGCGAAACUGCGUGAAGCUGAUUUUUUUGUAUUUUGAAUCUCUUCCAUUGUUCAGAUGUGCUCAAUAAUAUACAUAUAAGUAUAGUGUACUUGUGAAUGUAAAUAAAAAAAGAACUUUGUGAUACUUUAUACAUACUA